GGUCCCUGUCGUGUGCAGUCCCAAAUUGACACCCAGAUAUUCCGGCCCUGUCAAUAUCACCGGUCUUUCAAGAUGCACCUUCAAAACCUUGCCACAGCGCUUCUUGCGUGUGCCGGCUCGACUUUUGCAGCACCUACGAAGACGUCAAAGCCAUUCUCGACAUGGAUGUCUUCGUCCUGGCUUUCAAAAGGCCAGAAGCUGAACAACCAUUAUGUCAUGGCUAUUAUCCACGAGGCUAUUCAGAAGGCAGGAACAACUCAGGAUGAUGCCGAACUUCUGACCUACGCAUCUAAUGCCGUCUCUUCUCUGGUCUCGGAAAACGGCACGCUGAAGGGCUGGAACGCGACUUUCUACACCUUGGACGACAUCCGAAUGGGCAACAACAUACUUCACUGGUGGAACGCUGGAGGUCGCACCGAGGAGAAGUACGAGAUCGCUGCAAAGGGGCUGAGAGACCAGCUUGACAGGUGGGCCAAGAACCUCCAUCGGAGGCUUUCUGGCAUCGUGCACCAGUCUACGCGAACCAGAUGUGGCUCGACGGCAUCUACAUGGCCGACACAUUCUAUGCGACAUACACUUCAUACUUUGAGCCUGACAACACCACUGCCUGGGAUGACAUCCAGCUGCAGUUUGACUUGGUCGAAGAGCACUGCCGCAACCAUACCUCCAACUUGCUCCAGCACGGCUAUAGUGAGACCAAGGAUGUUGUCUGGGCUGAUCCAGUCACCGGUGCUUCACCUCAUGUGUGGAACCGUGCUGUCGGAUGGUACUUCGUGGCUCUUGUGGAAACCCUCGAGGUCUUCCCCGAGUCGCACCCGGGAUACGCCAAGCUUCAAGAGUACCUUGUCACUCUGGCGGAUGGCGUGAAAAAUGCCCAGGAUACUAGCGGUGGAUGGUGGUUGAUCAUGAACGAACCGUACCCAGGAAUGGAAGGCAACUACAUCGAGUCCAGCGCGACUGCAAUGUUUGCGUAUGCAUAUUUGAAGGGUGUCAGGCUCGGUCUUCUGGAGGCGGAGUACACGGACACUGCCGUGAAGGCGUGGGAUCUGAUGUUGGACAAGUUUGUGCAGUACGAAAACAACGGGACACUGAGCUGGACCGGCACUGUCGAGGUCGGGUCACUGAAAGGAGAUGCCAGCUACGAGUACUACGUUGGUGUUCCCCUGUCUCUCAAUGAUGGCAAGGGUUUGGCACCUUUUGUCUACGCUGCCACCGAGAUCGAGAUGGCUGGAUUGUGGUAAACGGUAGAUAAUGAUCGCAUCAUUGGGAUUGACCCGACGUUAUGAAUAAUUAAUUUAUUAUGCAUC